AUGCAGAUGUAUAGAAUAUUGGCAGCAAUCCUACAUUUGGGAAAUAUUGAGUUUGAGGAAAAAUUAUCAGAAAAGUGUGAAAUAUCCGAACUAUCUAGAGUUCAUUUGGAACAAAGUGCACGCCUUUUGAAAAUUGACGAAAACAUUUUAAAAUCAGCUUUGCUAACGCGUAGUAUUAUAGUAAAUGGUUCGGAUAUCAUUAUGGAUUUAAGCGUAUCUCAAGCAACCAAAGCAAAGAACUUCUUAUCAAAAUGUUUAUAUGAACGUCUAUUCCAAGAAGUUGUGUUUGCGAUUAAUGUAAACGUAUCUAGAAACCUAUCCAAACAACAACAAACACAAAUGAAAGAGUGCUCAUUUCUGCGAUGCAUUAAACCAAAUGAAGAACAAUGCUCUAAUGUAUUCAACGAAGACUUGGUUUUAUCUCAACUGAUUUCAACAGGCUGUGUUGCAUAUCAACAGCUAAUGCGUCUGGGCUAUCCGUAUCAUAUGAAUAUCGAUGAUUUAUUUAAUCAAUUCAAACAAAAUCAAAAUGUGGAAUUUUCGAAAUGCAUUUCCACAAAUCAAAAGCUUGAACAAAAGGAAUUUUACGGUCUGUUACUUCGAUCAUGCGGAUUAAAAUGGAUUGAUUUUCGGCUUGGAAACAAAAAACUAUUUUUGCGUAAUGGAAAAAUUAAUACACUGACUGAAAAACUGAAGGGCGAUUUCCAAAUUAUCAUAAAUCGUUACAAGACACUUAAGAUGUUACGUGCCAAAUGGCGUUUUGCGAUCUUGAUCAUGAUACGUCUAUGUAAAAUUUGGAAAAAGAGACCAAUUCGAGAUGACUUUAUGAUUACGUCUCCAGAUGCUACUGCGAUUGGGAAUUUAGAAAGUGAAGACAUUUGUCCAAGUCAUGGUCCAAGUACUAGUCAAAAUAAGUUAAAAAAGAGGAAACUUAAUACUAAAACCAGAAGUACAGUUGAAUCAAAGCAAGCCAAGACGUCGCCUACGCAAGUGACACGUCCAUUACGUGAAAACUAUCGUACAACAAUCACAAUUCCUUUUAUAAAUUCUUCGGGUGGAGGUAAAUAUCCAGAAACCAUAACAACUGAAGAGAGUUUACGAAACUUGCUUCAUCGAGAACAAGAACAGCAUUCACAAUUAAAGUUAGAUUACAAUAAACUGCAAAAAAGAAAUCUAAACCUCAUGGCGAAUUUGAGUGAAUCUAAGGCUGAAAUCGAUCGACUAGUUGAAGAAAACAAAAGACUCAAAAACGCUAUAGAAACUAGUCAGCAUAACGUUCUUAAUGAUCACAUGUACUGUUGA